AUGUCUCAACAAAAUACCGAAAAAAGAAUUAGUCUUCAUUCCGUACAUUCGGAAACAAUAUUAUCCACUAUUGACGAAGAAACAUAUAUUAAAGUCAAUGAUAAUAUUCAGAAAAAUUCUUAUAAAAUUCGUUUGGAAUCAACAAAGAAUUCACGAUUAGCAAUAAAAAAAAUUUGGAAUAGCGAAUUUAUUGAAGCAGAAGAGAUUUUAAAAAAACAUAAAGAAGGAAUUCCUAGAUGGAAUGUUACUUACGCGGAAUUGAAAUUAAUUAAACAAUUAAUGACUGGUCAACCUGUUGAAAAUAAUGAAUCUCCUGAAUUAACAAAUGCUUUAGCAGAAGCUGAAAAAUUGGCUAAUAAAGUUGUUGAAAAUAAAGAUGAAUUUGUGAAAGAUGAAACAACAUUAAGAACUAAUUAUCGAUGGGAUUGUGAAUUAGCAUUAGCAGAUAUUCUUUUAUUUCGUUCUGUUUUACAAUUGAUUGGUGGUAGUGAAAUUAAAGGUGCUUUUAAUUUACGUCGAGCUUGGAAAACUUAUUGUAAAGUCAGAGAUGAAAUUACUCAAAUUAAAGUUGACACUGCUAAUAAUGAUUCAAGUAGAAGAAGUAGUAUUACAAGUAUCGUGGGAUUUGGUAGUAAAGAAACUUCAAAUGGUCUUCAAUCGAUAGAUAUUGAUCUUGAUAUUAAAGAUUGUCUUGAAUUUGGUCUUGGUUUAUUUAAUUUUAUUGUUUCAAUAGUUCCUAGUUCUUUCUUUUCUGUUAUGAGAACUUUUGGAUUUAAUGCCGAUCGUGAACAAGCCAUCCGAAUGUUAGAAAAUUGUAGUGGCAUUAGAGUUCCAUUUGCAUCAUUACUUCUCCUUGAAAAUUACCUUUUCCUUCCACAUGGUCUUGCUGAUUCCACUCCUUCAUUAUCAAGAGCUGGUGAAAUUGUUGAAGAUUGUGUCGCAAAAUACCCGAAUAGUUCCCCAUUUCUUUUUAUGGCAAGUCAACAAGCUCGUAAAACUGGAAAGAUAAGAGAAGCUAUAAAUUAUAUAAUGACAAGUAUUAAUAGUUGUGAAAAUGUUGGAGUUACCAGUACAAAUCACAGAUUUGAAAUGGGAAUGACUUAUUUAAUUAAUUUAGAUUUUUCUACUGCCAAAGAUAUAUUUGAAUUACUUUUCUAUGGUAAUACUAUUGUCUUCACUGGUAAGAAAGGUUCUAUACGUCUUAAAGGUUCUACUCAUGGUUCAACUCGAUUUUUAUCAAAAAAGAAUACCACGAAAAAAGAUAAAUCUUUCCUUCAACUAUUUGAAUUUGAGUUAAGACCAUUUUGUGGAUUAUGCUUAGCUGGAACUAGUGCAAGUGGAAUUGUAAGAUUUGGAACUGGAGGUGGUGACAAAAAAGAACAAAAGACAAAUCGUUAUAACAAAUUUGCUAGUCGGCAUUCUGCUAAAGAUGUUCGUAAAAAUGAUGUAUCCCCAUUCUUAUUAUUUGUCAUUCUUUAUUUUCGACGAGAUCUUUUUUAUAUGCCUUUGGAAUUAAAAAAAAGGUGGUCAGAAAUGUUAGAAACUACUUGGGAGAAAAUUAAAAAACCUACGGAUCCUGAUACCAAUGCAAUUUAUUUAUUACUACGUGGAUUUUUUGAAAAGUUUUUGAACUCUGAUCCUGUUGAAGCCCAAACAUCAUUUAUUGAUUGUUUGGCUUUAGAAGCUGGUGUUAUUAAUGAUACUUGGGUUAUUCCUCAUUGCAGAUAUGAAUUUGGUGAAUUGCUUUAUAAACAAUUUGGUAACGAAGAAGCUGCAAUGGAACAAUUUAAUUGGAUUCUUAAAGGACAAAGACCAUUAUCUCGAACCAGUGGUUUAAUUUCUAGUAGACGAGAAAGUAAUUCUAGCAUAACAUCACUCACAGCAGAUUUAUCAUCAAAUAAUAAUCCCGAAAGAUUUAAGAAAUAUGAAUUUUCUAGAAGUCUUAAAAAUCGGUGUACCGCUGCGGUAGAUCAAAUUCGUAAUGUACAAGAACAAAACCUACAAAGACAAUUAUCAGAACAAAAGAUUCAAUCAAUUAAUACCACGAAUAAUAAUGAUAAUUUCAAGAAUAAUGAUAAUAAAACUGAAAAUAAUAAUAAUCCUUAUCAGAAUAACGAAGGAUUUGGAAUAUCACAAUUUAAAUUUAAGAAACGACAUAAACCAAGAUCGUUGAGUUUACCUCAAAAUGAAAUUGAAAUAAAGAAAGAAAAUGUUAUCAAUUCUAAUAAUAAUGAGAGUAACAAUGAGAAUAAUAGUAAGGAGAAUAAUAGUAAUAAUGAAAGUAAGAAUAAUGGAAAUAAGAGCAAUAAUAAAGGAUUAAAGAAAUUAGUCGGAUUUAAAUUUCGAAAAUAA